AUGAGUAUCACUCACACAGUCCUCUUCCAGUUCAAAGCGGACGCAAACCCGGAAGAUGUAAAGGCGGCUUGCGCGCGGUUUAAGGCAUUGAAGGCCGAUUGCCUCCACCCAACCACAAACUCUGCCUACAUCAGCUCCCUGAAAGGAGGUCAGGACAACUCACACGAGGGUCUGCAAAACGGAAUUACCCAUGGCUUUGUUGUGGAGUUUGGCAGUGCGGAUGAUAGGGAUUACUAUGUCAAGACGGAUCCGGCUCACCAAGCCUUCAUCAAGAGCGUAGGCGGUCUAGUGGAUAAAGCUAUUGUUGUCGAUUUCUCGGACGGUGUUUAUUAA